AUGGUGUCAAUUAUGCUUGACGAGACAAGCGCAGCAAAAUUAAAAGCUGUCCCCCUGUCAAACGACACAGUUGCGAGACAUAUAUGCAACAUUUCAAGUGAUCUUGAGGAACAACUCAUAGAAAAAUUAAAAGACAGUCGUUUUGCAUUACAAGUGGACGAAGCUACUGACAGCAAUAAAGACUGCUUAUUCAUUUUGUAUGUCCGCUUUGUGAAUGGCGAGUCACUGUGUGAGGAUUUGCUGUUUUGCAAAUACAUAAAAAAUAGAGCCACAGCUGAUGAGCUGUUUAAGAUCAUGGACAGUUACCUCAAAGAACACGGCCUUAAAUGGGAAAACUGUGUGGGCUUUUGCUCUGAUGGCGCACAGACCAUGGCUGGGUCAAGAAACGGGCUGCAGGCACUAAUAAAGAGGGUUGCGCCAGAUGCGCACUGGACGCACUGUGUCAUUCACAGGGAAGCGCUCGCGUCAAGGCAGCUCAGCCCUGAACUAAAUGAGGUUUUAACAGAAGUUGUGAGCGUGGUAAAUUUUAUCAAAACCCGACCCCUGAAAGCGCGACUGUUCUCCGCACUUUGUGAGGAAAUGGGAGCUGAUCACACAUCUGUGCUGUUUCACAGUGAAGCAAGGUGGCUCUCCCGGGGCCAAGUGCUGUUGCGCGGCUUUGAGCUCAGGGCAGAGAUUCGGAUGUUCUUGGAGGAGGAGCACAUGUAUGAGGCUGUAAGCAAGUUCAGUGAUGAACAAUUUCUGUUUAAACUGGCCUACCUCAGCGAUGUGUUUGGCAAGCUGAAUGAAUUAAAUCUUCAGCUUCAAGGCAAAGACAAGCACCUACCUCACCUGGCAGACAAGAUCACUGCAUUCACCCGAAAGCUUGAGGUAUGGGGCAGGCGCCUCGAUCAGCAAAACAUAGAUGUCUUUGAGAACCUGACACCUGCUGAUUUUAGGUCUGCUGAGGAGGACCAGUUUAUUGAGAUGACAUCUGACUCCACCCUGAGGUUCAGGUUUAAAGCUCAGACUCUCAGUGAAUUCUGGUUUGGAGUGGAGAGGAAGUAUCCACUCAUCGGGCAGAGAGCUUACUCGGAAGAGAGGGAUGAGCUGCAGGUUUAUGUUCUCGAUUAUGCCGUGUGA